CUUCAUACCAGACUCAGUGAGAAACUCACUGAGAUUCUCUCCGCUGACGUGCAUCCACCGAGGAAUCCUCCACGCCAUCCGAUCCGCACCGUUCUCACUGAGCCUGUUGUCUGUUCCGUUUCAACUGUAAAGAGCCUCCUGUCUUCCAUCAGCAGGAAGAGCAGACCGACUGUGAACGCACCUCGCCAUGAACUGGGCAUUCCUCCAGGGCCUCCUCAGCGGGGUGAACAAGUACUCCACGGCCUUCGGCCGCGUCUGGCUCUCCAUCGUUUUCCUCUUCAGGGUCAUGGUGUUCGUGGUGGCCGCCGAGAAGGUGUGGGGCGACGAGCAGAAAGACUUCCAGUGCAACACGGCUCAGCCCGGCUGCCACAACGUGUGCUUCGACCACUUCUUCCCCGUGUCCCACGUCCGGCUGUGGGCCCUGCAGCUCAUCUUCGUCACCUGCCCGUCUCUCCUGGUGGUGAUGCACGUGGCCUACAGGGACGACCGGGAGCGGAAAAACCGCCUCAAGUACGGCGAGAACUGCCGCAGCCUCUACAAGAACACGGGCAAGAAGCGCGGGGGCCUGUGGUGGACCUACGUCCUCACUCUGGUCUUCAAAAUAGCCGUGGACGCCACCUUCGUCUACCUCGUGUACCACAUCUACGAGGGCUACGACUUCCCCUCGCUCAUCAAGUGCGAGCAGAAGCCCUGCCCCAACACGGUGGACUGCUUCAUCGCCCGGCCCACCGAGAAACGGAUCUUCACCAUCUUCAUGGUGGUCACCAGCCUGGCCUGCAUCCUCCUCUCCAUCUUUGAAAUCGUCUACCUGGUGGGGAAGCGAUGCUGCGAGUGCGCCAUGGGGACCAAUCCAAGCGCUCGCCACGUCAACACCAGCACGCUGUCCAGCAGAGCCACCCUGAUGGAUUCGAACCCCCUAAAGUCUCCGAACAAAUCCCCACCCCGUACGCCGGCCCCUUCGUACAGCGCGGCCGUGUCUUGAGGCCCGCGAGGAUGACCGGGCCAAAGGGGUUGAUGGAGAAAGACUGUUUUGCGGAGGAAAAGGAAAUGGGCCUCUCCUUCCUCCACGGGCCCUUUCACUAAAACGACUUGUCAGCUGACAUUGUUGGAGUGCUCCGAGACUGAACUGCGUUUUAGAAACUCUUCUCUUAGUGUUACUGUGUCAAAAAAUGAGCACUUCUGAAACACCGGGAGAAUGUGUCAUUGUCCUGGAAUGUGCUCACUUGUUUGUGGAGUUUUUACCGAUGUUUUUUUUCUUCCUUCAGUCCUUUUGAAAAGUAAAGAGAAGUUCGUGCGACUCAAAUUUUGGCCUUGAGACCAGCUACAUGAGUCACUCCCUGGUUUGGCCUAGCUCUUCAAAACAUAUGUGGUUUUUUUUUGUGUGUGUGUAAAAUUUUCCUUCUGCUCAGUGCCCAACCCUGAAACGUUGAUCUUAAGCUGUACUCCCCCCCCUCUUUACCCUUCUCUCCCUCCUUCGUGUCUGACUCUUUGUCAAUACUGCCCUUUUAUUUAUCGAAAGAAUGGAAAGAUUCGUAUGUCCCGUAUGUUGUUGUCCAGACUUGUUUUAAAAUCUGCUUUUCCUGUGCGCACAGAUGAGAGCAGUUUAAGCCCCAAUGCAGCGCUGUAAACACAUCCGUUAGGAACCUCCCUGAUCACAUUUCACAGUGUUGAGGUGCAGUGCGGCUGCCCGCUUGUUGAUAUAUUUCACAUUAAAGAUGAUAACACUCAUGACUUGACAAUGUGGCCCCCACCAUGAGGUCCAUAAAAGUAGCGUUUAAUAUUUACCCGCCAUGUCUCUGCGUCGAACGUUUACUAAAGAGCAGCAUGAAUUGGACAAAGGGUUUGUUGGUUCUUCGAGAUGUGCUUUGACAGACCUGUCAAAGUUCGCCUUUGUUCCUGCUAAAACUUUUGUUCCAUGAAGCCCUCCCCGGGGGUGGGGAGGGCACCAACUGCUGCGUAGGUACGUUGGUACAUUGAGAUGGGGGGGGGGGAGCCGGAGCUCUUCAAUCAGCCGCAGGGCGCGGAUCCACCCACUGCAGGAAUGUGUCGGCAUGUAAAGGCUUUGAAUGCAUUCUUUUUUCUUUUUUUUCACCAAGAAGACGACGAUAAGCGAGUGUAAACACACAUUUCCUCACUGCUUGUGUUCCACUCAGAAGUCGUCCGUUUUCUCUGCUGGAGUUUUGUAAUGUUUGAUGCUGAAACUUUUGCUGCCACCUCCUACGUGGGGAGGGGAAUAAACACAUUUUGCACUGCUGUGAA